AUGAGUCGAAUGUUCAACUCGUUCGCGCGGCUCGGCGAAGGUGUGUACCGCUUCUCUCGGGCUGGCAACGGGGCCGCUAAGAGUGGCCCCAAUGUGACGAUCGUGGGCGGGGUGCACGGCAACGAGCGCAUCGGCGUGGAGGUGCUGGACUCGCUUCGACUGGCGCUGCUGCGUGCUGCACCGUUGUCGGUCGCCAACAACCUCUUCCCACUUGUCACCCAGGGCUCAGUGACGCUGGUGUACGGCAACCCCCGAGCUCAACGCAUCGGCAAGAGAGGCAGUGAGCCUCAUGCAGACUUGAACCGCUGCUUCCCACGGGAUCUACUGGAGGUGUCGGAAUCGCAACUCGGGCCGGACUACGAACACCGUCGAGCGAAAGAGUUGGCGCCGCUGUUCGCGUCCAGCGACUUGUUGGUGGACUUGCACUCGACCAACAAGCCGUCGUCGCCUUUUGUAAGGCUAUCGGGGCAUGAUAAGGUGCCGAGUCAGCUGCUGGAGAUAUCGGGACGACUGCCGACGAAGAUGUUGUUGCUGGACCCGAAGCAUCUCAUCGGAGACGGACAUGUGGCACUGACCGACGAGUUUGUCGGAGUGCACGGAGGCAUGGGCGUUUGCUAUGAGAGCGGGUUGGCGAGCGAUUUGUCGCAGUCCAAGAUCGACAGCAUCACGACGAGCGUCUUGCAGAUCCUUCAGCAGGAUAUGGGCGCGAUCGAGUUCGUGAAUGCGGAUGGACACCGUCGCAGUAGUGAGAACGUUAAUGUCGAGGGUGAAGUGGACGCGUCGGAGCGAGACGUGUACGAGAUUACUGAGGUGUUUAAGCUGACGAGUCGUGGCUUCCGCUGGGCGGACGGCGUUGGAGAGGAAAACUUUCAGCGGGUCCCAGCAGGUCAGCCCAUUGGUUUCGUCAGCAGUGACCCCUUCACAGUCAACUACGAUUCGCACAUCGUGUUUCCGAAGAUCCCAGCACUUUGGAAGAUCGACGCGUACGACGACUAA